AUGGAAAACGACUCUCUUUCCAGCCUCCAUUCCCGAGAAAGUGAGACCUCUUUGGAUGAAGACUCAUUCAAUAUCAGCUUUAGGCAGUACUGUACUACUUCAGUGGAAGAAGAAGAAGAGUAUGUGGAAAUCCUCAUGGAGAGAGAAACCGAGUUUGGGUUCAAAAAAGAUCUGUCUUUUGUGUUUGGUAACUUUGUCAAAUGUCAUCGCUUAGAAGCAAUCGCUUGGAUUCUCAAAGCCAGAGCAAUCUUCGGAUUUCAAUUCCAAACUGCGUAUUUGUCCAUGACAUAUUUUGAUCGAUUUCUUAUGAGGAGGCCUAUCAAAAUGUGGUUGAUUAGAUUACUGCCCGUGGCAUGCCUUGCUUUGGCUGCAAAAAUGGAGGAAGCGGAAAUUCCGUCGCUAUCGGAUUUUCGAUUCGAAGAUGAUGAUUUCGGAAUCAAUUUGAUCGGAAAAAUGGAGCUUUUUGUAUUGAGCACGUUGGAGUGGAAGAUGAAUUCAAUCACUCCUUUCGCUUUUCUUCAUUACUUCAUCACAAGGCUAUGCCAAUUACAAUCUCCCCCAACUAACAUACUUUCUCGGACUACAGCACUCAUAAUGGCUACAAUCAGGGAAACCAAUAUAAUGGAGCAUAGACCGUCUGUCAUAGCCGCCGCGGCAACCUUGGUGGCAUUGGAGCAGAAAUUAUCAAGAACGUCACUGGAAUCCAAGAUGAAUUCCAUUUCUCAUUGUAAAUCUCUCCAAGUUGAAGACGUAUUUUCAUGCUACAAUAUAAUACGAGAGCUAAAGAUUUAUAAAGAAUCGUCACAUUUAUCAAUGAUCAAUGAUGUUAUGGAAACUUCUUCAGUAACAACUGCCUUUAGCAGUGACAGGAAAAGGCUUGGGCCAAGGUGUUGCGGUCAAUAUUAUUAUGGCCAGAAGCGGCUUCGGUAG